AUGCUAUUAUUUUCAAUACUUAUAUCAUCAUUUUGUCUUAUCAAUUUCACAUUCGCAACGAAAUCCGCCUUUUUUGCGGUUUUGGUUCAAAAUCCGACGGUGGUUCAACAAGUUGUGCAAAUUCAACAGAAUUUGACGAAAGUCGAUCCGCAGUUUGUCAAAUUUUUGCAUAACGUUUCGUAUUUGCAUGUGAGGUUGAAUAGUUUUGAGGUGGAGAAUGAGACGAGGUGAUUUCAGCUUCUCCCAAAUUUCCACCUCAAAAAUCUGAAAUUUUCCAGCUUCCAACAGAUCCUUACUGAUCUUCCGAAGGUUCUUUGCAAUGUGAGCACUUCAAUUCCAGUGAUGUUUGCAGGCACAGAAAUCCGACAAAAUCGAACACUUUUUGGAAAAAUGAAUGCGAUGUCAAGUAGUGUUAUAACAACAGUUCACAGUGAGUUUUUCUAAAAUUUCUAGAUUUGGAAGAUCCGAAUAGAGCAAAAUCUCAAAUCUCUCAGCUCAACAUCUGAAAUUAAUUUCAGAAACAAUUCUAACAUAUCUCAACUCUUCCAACAUCACAAGCCUCGACUCACACGAAAUUUUCCACUCAAAAAUGGACAUUGUGGAGCUCGACGAGCAUCGUCACGAUGAUUUGCUCGAAAUCAUGCAAAAACAGACAUUCAGGCUGAGCACUGGAGAUUUUAUCAAAGAGAUUGUGCUAUUCAAUGUAGAGCCGAAGGGAUAUUUUCAUGAGGAAAUUGGGCGAUUUCAAUUGAGUGCUUGUAAAAAUUAUUGGAAAUUUAUGCAAUUGUUGACGAAUCGUAUUUUUGAUUGA